CUUUUUAAAGCAAUCUUGGGUCAGGGGCCAUUUCAGAAGUAAGAACUUUUUCUUGGUCAGCCUUCGAUUCUUUUCUCCUUAUGGAAAAUACAAAAGGCAAGAAGAAGUCCCCAAAGAAGUCAGGGGAGCAGCAAACAGCUUCAAAAUCCCCUCCCGAACCAACUAAAGAAAAACACAGGGCUGCUGGUGAACCAAGCCAACAAAGAACCUCAGAGAUGGAGACCAAACGGAAGAGGUCUAAGAAAGAUGACCAAGAUUAUUGUCCAGAAAAGAUGGAACCAGAAAAAAAAAGAGUAAAAACUCACAGGAAGAUACCCAUUCCUCCGCUGCCCGAUCACUUGCCACCAGUUAACCUGGUACAUCGAGACGUCGUGAGGGCUUGGUGCCAGCAAUUAAAGCUGAGCACCAGUGGCCAGAAAUGGGAAACAUAUGACAGGCUGCGUGAAUAUGCUUACCCUCAUCAAAAGAAGACUCCAGUCAAACCCGAGGAGGCAAAGAUAUUGUCUUUAGCACAAAGGAAGUUGAAGGUGCAGCAGGGGGAAAUGACUCUGGACAGUUUUGCUCUUCCUGAACUGACUGCUUCCCCGAAAGGGGGGGCUGCUUCUGACGGGGAUGCAGCUGCUCUCCUGGAGGGAAUGGACAAUCUUUUCGUGUCAACUUCCACCCCAGAUGAUGUGUUUGCCUCCUGGAGCAGAAUUGCAGCCACUACUGGGAAGACUGGGAGUAUGAAGACUAAGAGUUUGCCACAGGAGGCCACUGGUCUCCAGUGGUGUGUGGUCCAUGGACAGAGUCUCCCUGCAGACACAGAGGGUUGGGUUCAGCUGCAGUUUUAUGCUGGGCAGGCCUGGGUUCCUGAGAAACCGGGGCAAGUGUGUGCCCUCUUCUUGAUACCUUCCCUCAGCUUUCCACCCCCCCACCUGGAGGAUAAUAUGUUGUGCCCAAAAUGCGUUCAUAGGAAUAAGGUGUUAUCGAGGAGCUUUCCUUGCGAAGGAAGAGAUUACGGCUAUGAUUGUAAUUAAAAUGGUAGGAAGGUGACUACAAUCAACUCCACGGUGCCUCUGACAGCAACUCGGGGCUGCUCGACAUCCUCAGUGCUCCCUGUUUACAGGGCCCAGACAGGUGGGGAGCAGAUGUUACUCUUAGACUACCAAAAGUGCCUGCUGCUGCAUCUGCUGGGAUACAGCUAUCAUUCAUUGCAGUGAAGAUGCAAAAGUCACACCAUCUGACGAUUACCCAUCUGAAACAGAAGGGAUUCCAGCAGCUCUUUCAUGGUGGGAGCCUGAACUGAACUUCUCGAGGGGAGUGGAGAGACAGGUGUGCUCCCUCACUAGACUCCUGCCUUCUGAGUCCUAUAUAUGUAAAGUAACCAUCUGCUAUGUUUCGGGAAUUUAGUUGUAUGCAAAUUAUUGUUAACUAGAAGCCCAGUGCACAAAUUUGUCCACGGGUCAGGGCCAAUUGGGCUGAGCUGGGCUGGCCAGGGGGAGGAGCUGUUGGUGUUUGGCCAGCCUGCUCUGUCCUCAAUGGGGGGGUUAGGGUGGGAGGGGGUCAAUUGGGGGCAGGGCUAGUUGGGGCAAGGGUCUGCAGGCAGUUGACCGACCAGCCCCAACCCCUGGUCAAAUACCCAGUCAAAGGAACAAUUUUCAUUUUAACCUUUUAUAAUAUUAUAUAGGAUGUUAACUCAGUAGGAUUAAGCCAAAAGGCAUGAUUUUGUUUCAG